UGUUGUCUUGCGGCAAGUCAGUCCAGCCAGAACCAUGCAGGUGGUCUUACCGUCGGGUAGGAUGCUGCCCAGGUGGUCGUGUGUGGCUCUUCUUUACACACUAGCUACUCUCAAUGGCAUCCACGGAGAGGAAAAAUGCGAGAAGAGAAGCAGAGCCGUGUGGUACAAUGCCAGGACUGAACAUGAAGGAAUGGGUCUCAGUGAUGCAGAACUCAGGAAAAUUGGGGCAUUAACGGACAUGAAUUAUUUCCGUAAAGUGCUGAACCCCAUCCUCGUGCCCAGGGUAGUGGGCACUGAGAGCCACGCGAGGGUACGGGAGCACCUGAUAAACACGAUGCAGAACCUGGGCUGGGCGAUCGAGGAGGACCAGUUUGCCAACAACACCCCCAUUGGAAGAAAAAACUUCACGAAUGUGGUGGCGACCCUGGACCCCGAAGCCCCCCGUCGCCUAGUCCUGGCAUGUCACUACGACUCAAAGCUGGACCGCGAGGGUGUCUUUGUGGGCGCCACCGACUCAGCAGUGCCUUGUGCCAUGAUGCUGCACCUUGCAAAGGUCUUGGGCAAGAGUCUGGAUGACUUUCGGCAGACGUGCAAGAAGAAGAGGGGAAAGCCAGGAAAAAAAUGUCGUAAAUCGGUGCUCAAGAAAAAACUCAGAAAACUCAAAAGCUUUACAAAAGGCAUUGAAAACACUGAAGCCUCCAAUAUGACCACGGAACCACAGGUGCCAAGAAAGUGUUUAUGGCAAAUUAGAUGUUGUGCAAUGCCAAUGAAAAAUUUCAAGCUUUCUUUUGUCCCAUUGGUACAAUCAGACUUGACCUUGCAGUUUCUCUUCUUUGACGGAGAGGAAGCUUUCCGAAGGUGGUCCAAGACAGACUCCCUUUAUGGUGCUAGGAAUUUAGCGGCUAAGUGGCAGCAAAGCCUGUAUCCAGAAGGGAACCGUGAUGGAACAAAUCAUUUGCAUAGGAUUGACCUGUUUGUUCUCCUAGACCUCAUUGGGACAGAAGAUGUCCGGUUCUUUAGCUACUUCCCUGAGACGGAUUCUUGGUAUACUAGACUUGUGUCCUAUGAACAGAGGCUGAACGACUUGGGAAUCCUGAACAGGCGUCGGUUCAUGUUCGAGCAGCAGAGGCUGUACAACUCGCACAUUGAAGAUGAUCACAUUCCCUUCUUGGAGAGAGGUGUGCCUAUUGUUCACGUCAUUCCAGUCCCCUUCCCGUCCGUGUGGCAUAAAAAUACGGACAACGAAUCGGCUCUUCACUACCCGACCAUUAAGAAUUUCAACACGAUUAUCUCCGCUUUCGUGGCAGAUUACUUGCACCUGGUCCUAUAGGGGUACGCCCAGGAUGCAGCAUUACAUGAUGACCUUUGAUGAUAAGACAGACCUUAAGUCUUGCUCAGUUUUAUCUUUGCAAAAGAAAAACAAGACAACAAACAAAGAGGUGAUAAAUGAAAGUUAUUAUUAUUUUUUUUUUUUUUUCUUGGGGGUGUCUUUGUGAUGAAGAUUACUAUAUUUUUGAUAUUUAGCUUUUAUUAAGUUUGUUACUUGAUAUUUAAUAUACAAAUUUCAGCCUCUAUGUAUAAGCUGAACAGUUGCACAAAUAUUCUGUUAGAUAUAAUCUUAAUGCUAUUAACUUUGAAGAUUUAUAUUACUAAUACUAGUUUUUUUUGGUAAAGGAAGUUUGUGUUUAUUUUAUUUUAUUAUUAUUUUUUUUUUUGCUGGAUAUGAUCUGAAAUGAAUAAUGCUGUAUUCCUGAAAAAAUAAAAAAUCAGCACUUUGUUUGCCUAACAAAGUUUGAAAAAAUGGACUUGCUCGAGGACAGGUACCCAGAUUUCUUUCCGUUUACCUACUUGGAUGUCUCAGUAGGUUAGCCGUUUUGGUUGUGAAGGCACGUUUUUGGUUACCAGAAUGAUUGGUGACGACACUUGGUUGGAUUUCCUACAAUAGCCCUAUUACGAAAUUUUAGUUUUGGGUCUCACAUAUCACGUACUAUAGUCUAUACUGCAGAAAUUUUAUAUGUCCGAGUGAAUUCUGGUUUUGAGUCUCACAUAUGAUAGACCAUAUUCCAGAAUUUUAUUUGAGUCUCGUGACAGCUUGUUACUGAACUUUUAUAUACCUAUAACAGAAGUUUUAUUUCGAGUCUCACAUAUCGCAUUUGUCACUGCAUCGCCAUGGAUGUAUUACAUACCUCAGAAGUCAAUAUUGCCUUUUUUCUUCUUUCUUUCUCUUGUUCUUCUUCUUUUUCUCCUUUUUCUUCUACUUCUUCUUUGUUGUUUCAUAUUAUAUCCCCUGCAAAUUAUUGUUUGAGCAUAUGAGAUUUAUUGACGUUGCUGAAUAUGUAGGUAUUCCACAUAUUUUUAUAAGGUGAAUGGUUACAGGGAUUUUACUUUAUUUUAGUGUGUGUAUAUAUAUAUAUAAAUAUUUAUAUAUCUAUAUAUAUAUACACACAUAAUAUAUAAUAUAUAUAUAUGGAUGUAUAUAUAUACACAGAGACACAGGCUGUAUUCUAGCCUAUUUAAAGAAAAAAAUAAGAUUAUAUAUGGGAAAGUAUAAGGUAUAUGAUGAGUGUGCAUUUAUAGGGUGUGGCCAGAACACGACGGGUCCCGUGUACUCAUUUUUACCACCUAAUGAGUAUAUAAACUAUUUGAAUUUUA